AAAAAAAAAACCAAUUUGAUUUAUACUUGACCAUCACUCAACUCCUCUCACACACACAAAAAAAACCCUCACUCCCCCCCACCCCCCACUCUAUUAACCCCAUAAAUUUUUUCAUUUUCCCCCUCUUUCCCAUUCCCUUCCCUCCAAUCUCUCUCUCUCUCUGCAACUUUCUCUCUCUAGAUUUCUCUCAAUUUCGAGUGUAAAAAGGGUAGUGAUGGAAGGAGGUACACAGUACAAUCCAAGAACAGUUGAAGAAGUUUUUCGUGAUUUUAAGGGUCGUAGAGCUGGUCUUGUCAAAGCCCUCACUACUGAUGUUGAAGAAUUUUAUCAGCAAUGCGAUCCAGAGAAGGAAAACCUCUGCCUUUAUGGAUUUCCCAGUGAACUGUGGGAAGUCAAUUUACCAGCUGAAGAAGUUCCCCCAGAGCUCCCUGAGCCUGCUUUAGGCAUAAACUUUGCCCGAGAUGGCAUGCAAGAGAAGGACUGGCUCUCCUUGGUCGCUGUGCAUAGUGAUGCAUGGUUACUUUCUGUUGCCUUCUAUUUUGGUGCUAGAUUUGGGUUUGAAAGAGCUGAUAGGAGAAGACUGUUCAAUAUGAUUAAUGAUCUCCCUACAAUUUUCGAGGUUGUGUCUGGAACAGCCAAGAAACAAUCAAAAGACAAGUCAUCAAUGUCAAAUCACAGCAGCACCAAGUCCAAGUCAAACUCUAAGGCGACACAACGUGGUUCCGAGUCUCAGGCCAAGUAUUCAAGACCACAGCCAAAAGAUGAUGAUGAAGAUGGUUUGGAUGAAGAUGACGAGCAAGGAGAAACGCUAUGUGGGGCUUGUGGAGAAAACUAUGCAUCUGACGAAUUCUGGAUCUGCUGUGACAUAUGUGAGAUAUGGUUCCAUGGAAAGUGUGUCAAAAUCACUCCUGCCAGGGCUGAGCAUAUCAAGCAGUACAAGUGCCCAUCUUGCACCAGCAGCAAGAGAACACGCCCUUGAUUGCAACUGCAUUAUUGGGGUGUAGGGUUCUCUCUUUGUGAAAUCAUGAAAGUGUUAACAAGAUCUUUCUCCGGUAUGAGAAAUGGAUUCCCGAUAAGUUCUCUGAUGGCCAUAUUUUCUAUCUAGUUUCAAGAAUGUAGUUGUCUAGUUUCUUUUUCUAGUAUGCCGUGCUGUGUAUUGUGUAGGUUGCAAAUCUGAAUUAGUCGUGUAGGUUGAAGUUAUCAUGUCUUGUGACUGUUCAAUCUCAAUUAGUCUCUGCACUGUUGAGGGAAGCUAUCUUUCUCAGAUAUUGUUCUGUUAACGAGAUAUCGUUCUUCCUCAAAAUUGUUUCUUCUUCCUUUUA